CCAGCCGCUGCAUCCAGCGUGCAGCUUUCCGGAAAGACCAUCCCUCAAAAUCACUUCCAGCUCCUACGCCAGCAGCAGCAGCAGCAGCAGCAACAGGCAUCCGGACAGGUCCAAGUCCCCCAGAUCCAAGGCCAAGGCCAGACCCCGUCACAACCCCAGAUUAAGACCGUCGGCAAGAUUUCCCAGGAGCAGCUCAUCAAGUUCCAGAAGCAAAAAAUGCAGGCCACGCAACAACAGGCCUCCCAGCCCCAGGGAGCCCCCUCCGGAACGCAGCAGCAGGCAGCCCAGGUCCAGGUGCAGCAGCCACAGACGCAGCAGCUCACGGCGGUGGCGGCCUCCAGGCCAGGCGCGGUCCUUGCCGGCACCACAGUCACCGGCCUCCAAGUGGCCCGGUUGACGCGGGUGGCUGCUUCUCAGCUCCAAACCCAAAGCCAGAUCCAAGGUCAGACGCCUCAAGCAGCCCAAGUGGCUUUGGCCAAGCCCCCCGUGAUGUCCGUCCCGGUGGUAUCCUCGGCAGGGGUGACCGCCCUCCCCGUUACAGUCUCCGGGAUUAGCGUGGCGAUUGGGCAGCCUCAGAAAGCAGCAGGAGGGCAGGCAGUGAUGGCUCAGCCGCUCCACGUCCAGCAGUUUUUGAAGGUGAAACAAGCUCAGCACCACCAGGCGGCCCAGCAGAAGGUCAUCCAACCACAGGUGGCCCAAGGACAGGCAGGUGUUCAGCAGAAGGUCAGUCUCCCUCCUCCUCCAACCCCACUUCCCUUCUAGCACUGAUGAUGUUACCUAGUGGGGCCAUGAAACGUCUGCCAGAAAA